CGUUGAAACGAAACGGCGGACAGAUUUGAAAGGGAUUACCGUUUUUACCGUGUCGUUAUAACUUCUAAAGGUUGCCGGUAAACGCAGGAGUACUCGGUGUUUUUUGUAUCAAACUGCAGGGUUAAUAUUAUCUAUGGCUAGUAAAAAAUGCAUGCCCUUAAUAACUAACUACAAAUCAGAUGAUUCCUCGUUGGAUGAUGAUGAUGCUGAUUGUGAUGAUAUCUUUAAUAGUCUCACAGAGAAUAGUCCAAAUAAUGCUCUUGAUGAAGAUGACCAGCCAUUGUCUAAUUUCCGUCCUCUUCACUCAUCACAAAAUGAUUUUCUAAAACGUUUGACUGUUAUGCAACCAUCUACAAAUGAUUCCUCUAUCGGUUCAUUUAAACAACAACUCACGUCUACUGAAGACUCGAUAUUACCAAAUAUAUCUGAUUCAGAAGAUUCUGAUUCUUUUUCAUCCAGCACUGAUGAGGAGUUCAAGAAACUGGUGGAUACUUCUUCUUCAUUACCCGUAACUGAACUCCUUCGGUCAAAACAAUUUACACUUAUGUAUAGCGAUAAAAACUAUCAAAAAGGCAAAUCAGAUAGAAUAAUAAAUAUAGGUUAUUCACAAUUUUUUCAAGAAAUUCAAUCCGCUAUAAAAUAUGAACAACCUAAUGCAAGUUUUCAUGAUAUAUGUCAAUUAGUUGAUGAACGCUGGAAUCAAUUAUCAAAAAUCGAGAAAAAAGAGUACAAGAAACAUUCUGUAGUAUCAAUGGAAUCACAAAAAAUGACCUCUUUAUCAAAAUGUAGAUCAAAACUACUCAGUUUAUUAAGUGAAGACAAUAAACAAUGCUGUAAUCCCACGUGUAAAAAUCCAGUUUCCUAUGAUCCUCGUUGGAAUGGUCAGUAUUGUUCAACCAAAUGUGUUGGAGAACAUUGUCAAUUAACCUUUAUUGAUUGGUGUAAUAAUAAACGAUUUGAUGGGAAGAUUUUAAAUGAUACUUUAUAUACAGUUCAAAGGAUUCCAGUUAUGUCUCCUAUUGAAACAAAUAUGAUCAGUAUAAAAUCUUCUACACAUAAGAAUGAUAAUACUGUUAUCAAUACUUCCAUCAACAUUACUACUAUUACUACUGCUACUACUACUACUACUAGUAGUAGUAGUAGUAGUACUGAUAGUAAUAAUAAUAGAGAUAUUAUGAUUGAUUCAUCCGAUUGUGUUUCAGUUAGCUUAAAAAGAAAACCUUUAUUUGAAUCAUUAAGAUCUGAACAAUUUAAUACUCAAACAGUUUUAAUCAGAUCAUCAAAUACUUCAAGUUCAUCUUCUACAGGACCAACAUCAAAUUUAACUUUAUCUUUAUAAUUAAUAGUAUAAUAAUAAAUCAAUAAACCUUUAAACUUGUUCUUCUCUCCCCCCCUUUGCCUCCUUCUUUCGCUCUCUCUCCCUCCCUCUCUCUCGUAAACUUACUUAUUUUGUAAAUUUAUUCUUUUCUUUUUUUUAAAAAAAUACUUUGAAUUAAGAAAUUCUUCUUAUAUUGUAUAGUUUGUAUUGGGAACCCCUCCCCCCCUCCAAAAAAACACACUAAACCAUUGAUGCAUUUCAAUAUUGAAAGUUUAUUUUCUGUUUUGUAAAGUAGUAUAAUGUUUUAUCAAAAUUUCUUUGUUUUGUUUUUGUUUUUGUUCGGUUGUUUAUGUUUAUGUUCUGGGUUUUGUUUUUGUGUAUAUUAUCUGGUAAGAAGAUUUCAGUUGCUAUGGUGUUAAAAAAAUUUUUUUUAAAUUUAAUUUUUCUGUAAAUUUUUAAUGAUAUCAAUAAU